CAUUAUUUUCAUAAAAUAGAUUUGAAGAUGCUUUCAAUAGAGGGAGCAUGUGAUUGGAGAAUUCAACUGCAUCCUGAUUCCCGCCAAAGAAUUCUCAACAAAACAGUGGACAUGUUAAGAAGCCAUCUUCCUGCUUCGAUCCCAGAGAGAAUGGAUGAAAUAUGGAAGAUUGCUCGAUGGUGUGAAGAGAAGAGUUUUAAUGUAGCAACAAGCCAGUCUGAUUAUCUUCGGAAACUAUCUUUGAUGAUGCUUUCAUUCGUUAAUAUAUGCCAGCGAUGCCAUGGGCAACCAUCAAAUCAAUUUGGCCAUGACAAUAAACCUCCCAAUCCAGGUUGUAUUGUUGUUAAAAUCUCGAUUUAUCAGUACGAUUUUACGUUUUUACGAUUUUUUUUCAUCAAAACGAUUUUACUAAUAUUCCAAACGUUUUUACGAUUUUUUUGCAUUACGAUUUUACGUUUUACAAUUUUUUAAUCUCCUUCCAAUUUUACUUAAGAUCUCGAUUUUAACAAUAUUGUCAGGUUGGCAUUUAAGAGCCUUGACAUGUAAUUCCAAUGUGGCACCAAGGUGGCCUAAGCCUAUUUUUGUGUUCUUUUAAAUACUUGCUUAAAUCUUUUCAUAUUGUUCUUGCGGUUAUUAUUUUUACUUUCUCAGUUGUUUCAUCUUUCAUGUCUGCUAGCUUAAGCUCUAGCUCUUGGGAUUAUGGUGUCUUAGUGCUUGAAAAUUUAUUAAUAUUGGAUGUUGAAGGCCAAUCUGAGGGAGCAGAGCAGCAGGAACAAAAGAAGGCCAAUCUGGACUUGUGACUCUUGGGCUAGCUGAGGAGGGCAAGCGGUUGAAGCAAUGUUGGUUGUAAAGGAUAGAGUAGUUAACUAUCUGUUGUAACUAAUUUAACUGAAUUGCAUACCUGUUUGUAUAGCUUCUGUUAGAUAGGUUAGUGGGUCACUGUAGCUUUGUUAGAUUGAUUAGCGUUCAGCUGAAAGAUUGACCCAUUAUCAAUAUUCAAUAAUGUAAUUGAAUAGGUAUCAGUUCUUU